AUGCACAUUCACGGAAAUACGUUCAUUGUCACCGGAGGCGCUAGCGGACUCGGCGAAGCAACCGUGAGAGAACUUGUACAGCAUGGCGCCAAUGUCGCCAUUUUUGAUAUCAAUGACGAGGGAGCAGAAAACCUGGCUCAACAGCUCGGGAAGCAAGUGUUUGCUGCAGGCAAAGUCGAUGUGACAUCCGAAGAAGCGGUCAAGACAGCUUUAGACAAAACAGUGGCCCAAUUCGGCCGAAUUGCUGGUGUCAUUAAUUGUGGAGGCGUCGCAUCGGCAGCCAAGAUUGCUCGACGUGGCAAGUCGUCUCAUACCAUGACGCUGGAUCUGUUUGAUUUCACGGUUCGCGUCAACCUUAUUGGCACCUUCAAUGUAUGUCGCCAAGUAGCGCAAAUCAUGGCUAAUCAGGACGCCUUUACCGAGGAUGGUGAGCGUGGUGUGAUUAUCAAUACAGCCUCGGUGGCCUGCACCGACGGUCAAGCCGGCCAAGUGGCGUAUGCUGCAUCCAAAGGAGGUGUGGCUUCCAUGACCUUGCCUAUGGCGAGAGAUUUGGCCCCGGCCGGUAUCCGCGUGAUGACCAUUGCCCCAGGCAUCUUUGAAACCAAUAUGACGUCUCAUAUGAAUGAAGCGGCCAAGGCCAAAAUUAUUAAGGAUGCGAUUUUCCCUGAACGCAUGGGUCGUCCUCACGAAUACUCCAUGUUGGUGCGCCACAUCAUUGAAAACAGCAUGUUGAGCGGUGAAAUUAUCCGCAUUGACGGAGCCAGCCGACUGGGCAAACUGUAG